AUGACAACCACCGUUCGUUCCCGUGGUGGCCGAGGAGCCGGCUACUAUCCUCCACCACGACGCAACCUGAAUCGCAGUCGCAGUGGCGACGGUCUCAAGCUGUUGCGCAAAGGCAAGCGUCCUCUCGGUGGCAAGUCCUCCCAAACCAAGGUGGUUGUCUUUGUGGCAUUGAUUAUUUUGGUAGUGGUGGUUGCCACGGUCCAUACGACGUUGCAGUCGAAUCCACAAGCCCUUCAGAAUUUGUCCAUUCGACGACGACGACGAACUGACGAUCGCAAUGUAGAUGAUUUUGUCGAUGCUGGAGAACAAGCAGAAGAACAAGCAGAAGACAAAGGGGAACCCUAUGGAGGGAAAUUUGGUGAGGAGGAACAACAACAACAACAAGAAAAAGAGCCACAAUCUGCAAAAGAAGAAGAUCCAAUAGUAGAAGACGAAGAGGAAGACCCAAUACUAGAAAAUGAGCAAUUUGCUUCGAGGGAAGAAGAGCACCGACGAAAAAUGGAAGAACUCCAACGAAAAGAGGAAGAAUUGCAACGACGAGAAGAAGAACUCCGACGAGCCGAGGAAGAACGGCAAAAACAAGAGCGACAAAGACGACAAGAAGAAGAAGAAGAAGCAGAGAGAAAAAAGAUGGUAGAGCAAGAAGAAAAACAACGAAUGGAAGCGGAACGAAUUCGGCUAGAAGAACAAGUCAAAGCCGAACGGCUACGAUUGGAACAGGAGGCUCAAGCUCAAAAACAACAAAAAGAGCAAGACGCCAAACACCACCAACAUCAUGCCCGCGUGGCAGCUCCCGUUCCAAAACAAGACGAAAUUCCUUCCGAACAACCGGCACUGAGUUUUUGCGAAUUCAUGCGCAAAAAGACAGGCUCCUUUUAUACCGAUGUAGCCGCCUCCCACGGAUAUUCCAAUCCGGCCAUGCUGAUUCUCGGCAUGGAAGACUUGUCUACCGAUUUGGUAUGGCAUGUCCUGACGCAAAUCAUGUUCCCCAAUCGACCCACCACACCCAAACGAACGGCACAAUUGGUCCAUCAAGCCACGGCCAUUGAUUACUCGCUCCUCGACAAACCCAACACGGAACUGCAAGGGGAAUUCUGGAAAAAAGUAUCCGACAAGUCACGAGGAAAAUGGCUCGUGCAUGUCUUUUGUCAACAACAAGAACAUGGGUUGGCCAUGGGAUUUCCGUGGUUGACCGAUCCAGCUGGCAUGAUUGCCGGCAAUCACAAGGCCAAGGAUACCUUGGAGCUCAUCAAAACACUGCCCAAGGGAUCCGUCAAGAUUAUUCGUGUCAAACGCAAUCUGCUGGAUGCGGUCAUUCGACAAUCUCAACGCAAUGCGGAAACAAAGGCACCAGAACAACAACAGCAACAACAUACGCAUGCUUAUCACAUGAAAGAAAUGGUCCCCGUCAAUCUCGAUCAUCACAAAAUCUUUCAUCAAUUGCACCGACUGCAAAACGAACAAGAUCAACUGGAUGAUUUUCUGCGAACGUACAAUGUGCCGCAUUUGACGGUCGAUUUUGAAUCCAUUUUCCCAUUCAAACAUUGGACCGAUCUGGUCCAAGUCACGCAACAGGCACAAGAGAGUGGCACCACUCAACUGACUACUGCAGCCGCAUUUGAGGACGAAGGUAACAAUCUCUCUCCCAUGGAAUCCGAGUGGAGAAAUAUUCUCCGGUAUCUCGAUAUAACAGACAACAACAAAAACAAAAAGCCAUUGACCAUGUUUGAUAUUCUGCAAGAUACCAUGCGCACGCACAAGGUCAAUACAUUUUGGACGCAAACGGAUGCCGUCAAGAAUUGGAACUACGUUGCCAACGCAUUGAUGGGAACUCAUUAUCAACAUGUACUGCGGAAAUAUCCAGAGAAACAAGUGUGGGGUGACAACAACAACAACAACAACAGAGAUGAAAUGUAA